AUGUCUGCUGCUAUGCCCUAUCUGCGCAGCCUGCGCAAGGUCGACUUAGUCACGCUUGCGGAGGUGUCUGACCUCAAGGAUUACGAGGACCUGAAGAAGGCAGAUCUCGAAGUCGCCUUGGACGAGCAUCUGCGUGCCAACAGCUCCAUCUUUUCGGGAGACAAGAGACUUGCUGAAUACUACCGGCGCCUAUCGCAGCCCGGUCGUGUCUCGUCGCCCGUGAAGAAGGAGCCCAAGACCGACACGACCGCGCCUGGAGACGAGACGAAAAGGCCCUCGCGCCGACGACAGACCAAGGCAGAAACUGAUGCGACAGACGAUUCCGACACGGCCGACAAGACCCCCGCGUCGACAUCGGUGGCCCCGUCGCGCACCCCUGCUCGCUCCCCGCUGUCGUUUGCGAGCUCCCUGCCGCCGUCACCGGCCAUCGUCACCGAAGCCAUUGAUCGUCAGACCACCAUUGUCCGCAAGAGCCUCUCCGACGCAUGGACGGCGUCCGGAGUGUCGGAGCGUUCCGAUGCGCUGCGCGCGACACUGAGCAGUGUCAAGUCGAUCGACACUGUGAUUAUCGCCCUGGAAGGGCUCGGGUUGCUUCGCGAGCUGGUGCCGCUGCGUUUCCUGACGACAGUGCCCGCGCUCGACGCGUUGCGCUUGCCCGAGUUCGGCAUCAAAGUCCCCGAUCUGUUCGUGCUGCUGAGCGGCUCAUUCUGGGCACCGGCCUCGUUGUGGGCGCUCACCAGUCUCGUCCUGCCUCUGACGUUCGCGUACUUCUUCAACCUGAGCCACCGAGCCCAAGCCGGCACACAUGCCUACGGCACUCGCCGUUCGACUUCGGCGACGGCCGCUGCAACGAGCUUUGACCCGCUCGUGUACAAUAUUGCCAAAGCACUCGUCGCGUACCUGGUGUACGCCAACAACUUCACCUUCUGGGACAUCUACAGCCCCUUGUCUGUUGAAAGGGUGAACGUGGCGAUUCCCGGGCAGUGGCCAGGUCUCGUCACCGGCGCCGUUAUUGGCGUCGUUGCCAGCCUGUAUGAGGCCAUCUUGAAGAAAUAA